AUUUUUGUUUUUAUUUUAAUUUGCCAUUUCAGUGCUGCAUCCUGGUGUACAAACUGUAAAUACACCACGCUCAAAUGCUUCUGAAAGGUUGAUAAUGCUGAAAGGGAUAAUCCAGUCAUUUUAAGGCAGACUGGUGCCUUGCUAAAACUGGAAGAAAAGAUGAAAGCAUUGGAAGAGAGGGUGGAACAACUGGAGGAACAGAGCCAACAAGGAAAGAAUAAGAAAUGUGUUUGUGAAAACUGGAAAGAGAAAGUUAAAUUACAGAUGUUGGAGAAUGAAAUUCAACAUAAACCAGGUGUAUUUAAGCGGAUAAGGAAGAGCAGGGGUGGUCAAAAUGAAAGUCAGAAUGUCAACGCCGAAAUGAAUGUUACGGCAGGUUUGUGUGCGUUUUCCAGCAUCUUAAGUAGGGACAGAGGAAGUACAGGCCAUUCUCAGAAUAUUGUCUUUGAUAGUGUGAUCACAAUACAC